AUGGCAGAUGUCGUCAUCGCCUUAGAUGACGGGACUUCCUUUCAACAUGAGUUCCUCGCUAGAAUUAUUGAAGGACUCGAGUGCUCUGCGACCAGGGUUUUAUAUUCGCCCGUAAAUGCAAGUUCGGUGCAAAAAAGUCUUCGAGAUUAUGAUAUUGCAAUAUUGUCGGAUAACGACUUCGAAAAGUUGGAUAACUUUCUGGAAGAAGCCGUAAUGAAUUCAGCGCAUGGAUAUUUCAAGAUACACGUCGAUGUAGAUGACAUUAAUACUCUCAACUAUAAAAACACCUAUUCUAUCCAUGAGAUUUCAACAGAUGAGGAUUUGGGAGCAUUUGAAAUAAAAGCAUCGCUGGGGCGAAAUCAGGAGAGGCGCUUGGCACAGAACCAACGACUUGUGCUGGAGAAGGUGACUUGA